AUGGGAGGCCUUGAGAAGAAAUAUGAACGAGGCUCUGCCUCCAACUAUAUCACUCAAAAUAAAGCCCAGAAGAAACUGCAGCUGAGCCUGGCUGAUUUCUGGCAGCUGUGCAUCCAGAAGGGCAUUUAUCCCCAUGAGCCCAAAGACAAGAAGAAGGUUAACAAGGGUUCCACUGCAGCCCGAACUUUUUACCUUACCAAAGACAUCAAGUUUCUCCUCUAUGAACCUAUUGUCAACAAGUUCCAGGAAUACAAGGUGUUUGUUCGAAAGCUCCGGAAGGCCUAUGAGAAGAGUGACUGGAACACUGUGGAGCAUCUGAAGGACAAUACGCCCAACUAUAAACUUGACCACAUCAUCAAGGAGCGGUACCCCACGUUCAUUGAUGCUCUGCGGGACCUGGAUGACGCCCUCUCCAUGUGCUUCCUCUUUUCCACCUUCCCUUGGACUAGCAAGUGCCAUGUGCAGACCAUUCAACUGUGCCACCAGCUCACUGUGGAGUUCAUGCACUAUGUUAUUGCCGCCCGUGCCCUGCGCAAGGUCUUCCUGUCCAUCAAAGGCAUUUACUACCAGGCUGAAGUGCUGGGACAGCCUAUUGUGUGGAUUACACCCUACGCCUUCUCCCAUGAUCUUCCAACAGAUGUGGACUACUGGGUCAUGGCCACCUUCACUGAGUUCUACACUACCUUGCUGGGCUUUGUCAACUUCCGCCUCUACCAGUCACUCAACCUCCACUACCCACCCAAGCUUGAGGCUCAGGUUGAAGCAAAGGUGAAGGACAGUGAGGGUACCUAUGCACUGGACUCUGAAAGCUCUAUGGAGAAACUGGCAGCCCUCAGUGCCAGCCUGGCUCAUGUGGUGGUGCCUGCUUUUGAGGAGGAGGCCAAGGUAGAUGAAUUUCCUGCUGAUGAGGACAUGGCUGCGUGGAAAGAUGACCACAGGAAGGAACUGGAGGCGCAGGAAAAGCACAAGAAGCUCUUUGAGGGCCUGAAGUUCUUCCUGAAUCGUGAGGUGCCCCGUGAGGCCCUGGCCUUCAUCAUCAGGAGUUUUGGGGGGGACGUAUCCUGGGACAAGUCUGUGUGCAUUGGAGCCACCUAUGACAUCACAGACUCCUGCAUCACCCACCAGAUUGUCGACAAGCCUGGGCAGCAGACUUCUGUCAUUGGCAGGUACUAUGUGCAGCCUCAGUGGGUGUUUGACUCUGUGAACGCCUGGCUCCUCCUCCCUGUGUCAAAGUACUUCCCUGGUGUGAAGUUGCCCCCACACCUUUCACCCUUCAUGUCUGAGAAGAAAGGAGAUUACAUCCCACCUGAGAAGCUGAAGCUGCUGGCUCUACAACGGGGAGAGGACCCAGGAAACCUGAAUGAGUCUGAAGAAGAGGAGGAGGAAGACAAUGAAGGUGAUGGCCAUGAAGGGGGAGAAAAUGAAGAAGAGGAGGAAGACGUGGAAACUAGUUCAGAAAAGGAAGAAGAAGCCCGACUGACAGCUCUGGAGGAGCAGAGCAUAGAGGGAAAGAAGCCCCGGGUGAUGGCAGGCACCAUGAAGCUAGAGAACAAGGAGCAGCUGGCUCAGGAGGAAGAGAGCGAGGCCAAACGCCUGGCCAUCAUGACGAUGAAGAAGCAAGAGAAGUACCUGUACAACAAGAUCAUGUUUGGCAAGAGGCGCAAAAUCCACGAGGCCAACAAGCUGGCGGAGAAGCGGAAAGCCCAUGAUGAGGCCUCGAGGUCUGAGAAGAAGGCCAAGAAGGCAAAGGUGGUGUGA